AUGGCGUCUGCCUCUGCGAACCCUAUGGAUGAGAAGUUGGAAAUACCUAACGAAGGGAAUGCAGCAACUGCUGAGUUCGGUAACCUCGAUGAUCACGAGAACCCCAAAAAAUGGCCAAUGCUUCGAAAAUGGAAAGCAAUGCUCGGCAUAUCGUCUUUUGUUCUUAUGAGCCCCCUUUCCUCAACGAUUGUUGGGCCUAGUUUACCGAGUAUUGCUAGGGACUUGUCAAUUACCAGCCCUGCAGAGCAAGCAUUGGUGCUUUCUAUAUUUGUGCUUCCUUAUGCCUUUGGGCCCUUGCUUGCAAGCCCUUUAUCAGAAAUCUACGGACGGGUGCCAGUAAUACAAUCGUGGAAUUUCCUAUAUCUUGUCUUCAACACUGCUUGUGGUGCUGCUCGAUCAAAGUCAGCCAUGUUUGCUUUUAGAUUCCUUGCAGGGUUUUUUGGAAGCGCUACACUGGGCUGUUAUCCCCCUGCUUUCCCCAAUAUUUGGGCCAAUUCUCGGCGGACUAAUUUCUCAGCACAUAUCAUGGCGUUGGGCUUUCUAUUAGAUGCAGUUAUUCAGAUUCUGGGUCUCUAUCUCCUCGAGGAGACUUAUGCCCCUGUGCUUCUACGCAAGAAGCAGAGACGUUCAAUACAGCUAGCCGCUCCGAAUCAACAACUACGCUCUUCAACCAAAGAUACAUUGAAGGAAUUGCCUAUUCGGCUAAAGGCUAAUCUUGGACGCGCAGUCAUCCUUCUCACAACCCAACCAAUUGUUCAGGUAUUUGCCGUAUAUAAUGCAUUUUUGUAUGGCAUUAUCUAUAUACUGUAUACUACGUUCCCAGAUCUAUACACCAACAUAUAUCAUCAGACAGAAGGGAUGGUUGGUUUGCAUUAUAUUGCUAUGGGAAUUGGCAUGGUUAUUGCAGCUGAGGGCUUUACUCUUGUCAAUGAUCGGAUAUUCGCAUUCCUUAAGGCGAAGAAUAACGGAGUACCUCUGCCAGAGUUUCGCGUGCCAUUUAUGGCACCGGCGACCUUACUAAUAGCUGGAGGUUUAUUUUGGUAUGGCUGGAGCGCCCAGCACAAGCUGCACUGGGUAAUGCCUGAUAUUGGUAGUGGCCUUUUCUGCGCUGGAGCUGUUAUAUGCGGUGUCUCUGCAAAUGCAUACAUGAUUGACACGUAUGGAAAGUUCUCCGCAAGCGCGCUGGCCGCAGUUGGGGCACUGAGAAGCCUGACGGCAUUUGGGUUUCCACUCUUUGCUCCAUAUGUGUACGUUUUCCCUCUACAUGCUGCGAUAUACAUGCUGAUAAAUGCAUAG